UGUGCGCCGCUCUCUCGGCAGGGGGCGGGGGAGGCGGCCGCGCGGUGACGCGCGGGGCUGCUGCGGCUGCUCCGCCGGCGGAUCAUCACUCUCGGGCUGGGAUGGACGCGGGGCGGGCGUGCCCUGGCGCGCGGAGCCAGGAGUCCGGGCCUCCCGGCUGCUGAGCAUCCCUCGAAGCCUCCCCUCACCCCCGCCUUCCCUCCUAGGAGCCGCGCUGACCCCCCACCCCGGGGCUCUGGACUCGGCUCCCGCCCUCCUCUGACUCCCCGGACCUCCCCCUCCCGCCCGCCCUCGGGAUCGACUAGAUCCCUCCCCCUCCCCGAGGAUUCCGGCUGGAUCCCUGCCCCUGCACCGCGGAUCCUGCGCUCCCGGGCCCCGGGCCCCUGGGGAUUGCCGUGGACUCCUCCUCCAGCACCCGAUCCUUAGGAUCCUCCGCCUGGACCGCCUUCUGGUCCCUCGAGCCGGCCCACGGAACCAGUGGAUCCUCAGUCUAGUCCUGUCCCGUUGUCCCCUCCUUUCUCUAUCGUCCCUACUGCGGGGUUCCCUGUUCUCGGGCUCCCCCUGAUCCCAUCCCCUAGCCCUCCUUUUCCCGAGGAUCGACUGGAUCCCGGCCCCGCCCCCCGGGGCUGGGGCGAUCCCCCUCCCCCGUCGGGUGAGGCGCUGCGGGCGGGGGCUGGGCCUGCGGGGCCGCGGGGGCUCAGAGGCCGCCGCCCCCUCCCGAAGGCCGUUCGCCCCCCACUCGGAGCCCUGGAUGGAGGCACCACUGCCCCAGGGCUGAGCCAGGGAGGUGGGAUCUGGGACUCCUGAGUCCCUGAGGAGAGCCUGCCUGGGAGGGAUACAUCAGCUGGAAGGGUGCAUGCUGGGUCUGGGGAGCUGACCUGCCUCUCCUCUGGCUGGGCCCUGGACUUGAACCACAUCUGGGCCCCACCCCCAGCCUAGGCACCUGCUGAGGGGAGAAGGGCUGCUGGGUGGGAGUGGGGAGGUGUCAGGGGGCCUGUGGGUGGGAGAAGGGGGCAACUUGGUCUGAAUUCCAGGUCACUAACCACUUCUCUCUUCUGUUUCCCUGUUCCUUUCUGUCUGCCCCCUCCAAUUUCCCUUCCCCUCGGCCACCUCUGUAUUUUUCUGUCUGUCCGUCUGUCUGUCUCCUGCCACCCUACCCUUCUCGCUCCACCUCCCGCAGGUCGGGCCUGCCUUCACCUUCUCCCACCUCCUUCCCCUUCCCCACCCCGUGCCCCCUCCAUGGAGAGGAACAGACCCCUUCUCUGUCCAGUCUAACCCAGGUCCCUCCCCACCCCCCUCCUCCCUCCUUUCCCCCACCCCCUCCUCCCUCCUGGGGCGAGGGGGGCCUCCCUCCCUCUCCCCCCCCUUCUCUCUCUCUCCGAGGGGGGGGGUCCCGGGGAGGGAGGGGGGGUCCCCCGAUCAGCAUGUGGCUCCUGGCGCUGUGUCUGGUGGGGCUGGCGGGGGCUCAACGGGGGGGAGGGGGUCCCGGCGGCGGCGGCGCCCCGGGCGGCCCCGGCCUGGGCCUCGGCAGCCUCGGGGAGGAGCGCUUCCCGGUGGUGAACACGGCCUACGGGCGAGUGCGCGGUGUGCGGCGCGAGCUCAACAACGAGAUCCUGGGCCCCGUCGUGCAGUUCUUGGGCGUGCCCUACGCCACGCCGCCCCUGGGCGCCCGCCGCUUCCAGCCGCCUGAGGCGCCCGCCUCGUGGCCCGGCGUGCGCAACGCCACCACCCUGCCGCCCGCCUGCCCGCAGAACCUGCACGGGGCGCUGCCCGCCAUCAUGCUGCCUGUGUGGUUCACCGACAACUUGGAGGCGGCUGCCACCUACGUGCAGAACCAGAGCGAGGACUGCCUGUACCUCAACCUCUACGUGCCCACCGAGGACGGUCCGCUCACAAAAAAACGUGACGAGGCGACGCUCAAUCCGCCAGACACAGAUAUCCGCGACCCUGGGAAGAAGCCUGUAAUGCUGUUUCUCCACGGUGGCUCCUACAUGGAGGGGACCGGAAACAUGUUCGAUGGCUCAGUCCUGGCCGCCUACGGCAACGUCAUUGUAGCCACGCUCAACUACCGUCUUGGGGUGCUCGGUUUUCUCAGCACCGGGGACCAGGCUGCAAAAGGCAACUAUGGGCUCCUGGACCAGAUCCAGGCCCUGCGCUGGCUCAGUGAAAACAUCGCCCACUUUGGGGGCGACCCCGAGCGUAUCACCAUCUUUGGGUCUGGGGCAGGGGCCUCCUGCGUCAACCUUCUGAUCCUCUCCCACCAUUCAGAAGGGCUGUUCCAGAAGGCCAUCGCCCAGAGUGGCACUGCCAUUUCCAGCUGGUCUGUCAACUACCAGCCGCUCAAGUACACGCGGCUGCUGGCAGCCAAGGUGGGCUGUGACCGAGAGGACAGCGCUGAAGCUGUGGAGUGUCUGCGCCGGAAGCCCUCCCGGGAGCUGGUGGACCAGGACGUGCAGCCUGCCCGCUACCAUAUCGCCUUUGGGCCCGUGGUGGACGGCGACGUGGUCCCCGAUGACCCUGAGAUCCUCAUGCAGCAGGGAGAAUUCCUCAACUAUGACAUGCUCAUCGGCGUCAACCAGGGAGAGGGCCUCAAGUUCGUGGAGGACUCUGCAGAGAGCGAGGACGGGGUGUCUGCCAGCGCCUUCGACUUCACUGUCUCCAACUUUGUGGACAACCUGUAUGGCUACCCGGAAGGCAAGGAUGUGCUUCGGGAGACCAUCAAGUUUAUGUACACAGACUGGGCCGACCGGGACAAUGGUGAAAUGCGCCGCAAAACCCUGCUGGCGCUCUUUACUGACCACCAAUGGGUGGCACCAGCUGUGGCCACCGCCAAGCUGCACGCCGACUACCAGUCUCCUGUCUACUUUUACACCUUCUACCACCACUGCCAGGCGGAGGGCCGGCCUGAGUGGGCAGAUGCAGCUCACGGGGAUGAACUGCCCUAUGUCUUUGGCGUGCCCAUGGUGGGUGCCACUGACCUCUUCCCCUGCAACUUCUCCAAGAAUGACGUCAUGCUCAGUGCCGUGGUCAUGACCUACUGGACCAACUUCGCCAAGACUGGGGACCCCAACCAGCCAGUGCCGCAGGAUACCAAGUUCAUUCACACUAAGCCCAAUCGCUUUGAGGAGGUGGUAUGGAGCAAAUUCAACAGCAAGGAGAAGCAGUAUCUGCACAUAGGCCUGAAGCCACGUGUACGUGACAACUACCGCGCCAACAAGGUGGCCUUCUGGCUGGAGCUCGUGCCCCACCUGCACAACCUGCACACGGAGCUCUUCACCACCACCACGCGCCUGCCUCCCUACGCCACGCGCUGGCCGCCUCGUCCCCCCGCCGGCGCCCCGGGCACACGUCGGCCCCCACCGCCCGCCACCUUGCCUCCCGAGCCUGAGCCCGAGCCCGGCCCGAGGGCCUACGACCGCUUUCCCGGGGACUCGCGGGACUACUCCACGGAGCUGAGCGUCACCGUGGCCGUGGGUGCCUCCCUCCUCUUCCUCAACAUCCUGGCCUUUGCUGCCCUCUACUACAAGCGGGACCGGCGGCAGGAGCUGCGGUGCAGGCGGCUUAGCCCACCUGGCGGCUCAGGCUCUGGCGUGCCCGGUGGGGGCCCCCUGCUCCCCGCUGCGGGCCGUGAGCUGCCACCAGAGGAGGAGCUGGUGUCACUGCAGCUGAAGCGAGGUGGUGGCGUCGGGGCGGACCCUGCAGAGGCUCUGCGCCCUGCCUGCCCGCCCGACUACACCCUGGCCCUGCGCCGGGCACCGGACGAUGUGCCUCUCUUGGCCCCCGGGGCCCUGACCCUGCUGCCCAGUGGCCUGGGGCCACCGCCACCCCCACCGCCUCCCUCCCUUCAUCCCUUUGGGCCCUUCCCCCCGCCCCCUCCCACUGCUACCAGCCACAACAACACGCUACCCCACCCCCACUCCACCACUCGGGUAUAGGGGGCGGCGUGGGGAGGCCCUCCUCCCCGGCCCUCCCUGGCCCGGCCACUCCGAAGGCAGGGAGGAGGACUUGGCAACUGGCUUUUCUCCCGUGGAGUCGUCACACGCCAUCCAGCAGCACUAAGGUGGACAUGGGAUUCCUCCCUGGGGUGCGUGUCUUUCCCAUGCAGAAAAGCCCAGUCUCUUCUCUGGACCUGGGCCUUUGAACAACUGGGGGGCAUUUUCUCCCCUCCAUUGGGACACCCGUCUUUGGUGUGUGGAAUGUGGUAUUUUCCCGCGUGGAGGUGUGCUUUCUCACAACGGGGUGUGUUUUCCCAUGUGCAGGGUGAGGUUUUUUUUGCCGCCCUGGACACAUGUUGGCCCCUCAAAUAAUUUCUGUGGGGAUUUGUACCCCAGAAUCCUGUUCCCUCAUCCCUUCUCCCACCUCCUCCCCUCUCCCUCCCCCUGGAGACCCUGGAAGUGGUGUGUUCACAAACAGUGACCCUUGGCCACCAGACCACAGAGGAUGGAGCCUGGGAAGCAGCGAGGAAAUCACAGUCCCCUCGCCCCUGCCUCCCCUGCCCGCACCCCGGCGAAGCAUGUUCCCCCCGCACCCGCCUUGGCACAAGUCAGAUGAAGCACGUUCUGCCAGGGAGGCCCUCACCUUCCAGAGAGGACAGACACAGAUUUCCUGCCGGGGGAGGGAGGAGUCCACGCAUCCCGGUGCUGCCUGGAAGCUUAUUUUCCCGUGGUCCAGGACGCAUUUCUCUGAGUGGAAACAUGUUCCUGCAUGUGGAUGUGUGUUUUCCCAGGCAGACGGCCCCUUUCUUCCCAGCACUUCCCUGCCUCCCCCAGGCCUCAGGCCCGGCACUCAGUUUCUCCUCACAUGGCAGGUGAGCACAGGCUUCUAGGUGGCAGGAGUUGAGGAGGGUGAACAAACCUGGAGGAGGCCCAGCCCUUGCUCCCGAGUUGGGGGUAGGGGGCGUGGCAAUGUACCCACCGCAGAGGCCAUGCAUGUUUGACCAAAGCCCUCGCUGGGGUCCGAGGACAGCCUUUUCCUCAGGCCUCAGAGCAUUGCUCAUCCGUGCCAAACUGUGUAGGUGGAUUUGAGUGGAAAGACCCCCAAAAUGUGCCAAGAAUUUCCCAGUCCCAGGCAGGGCAGGGGAAACUAAGGGCAAGCAGGAUACAGGGUGAGGGAUGUGGCAGGUGAGGGGGCUCCCGCCUGUGCCCCUUCUCACCAUGUCUCCCCUGCCCUGCCUCAGUUCCCCAUUCACCUUCAUCUCCGUCACUCUCUUUGAAGCUGUCCCCAUCUCAGUAUCGGACCAUUCCUCUCCUCAGCUGACCACCCUUCUCUGACCCACGCCCCCUCCUUGGCUGAAAGAAAGGAGUCUUGAAGGGCGGAGGGGAGGCAGCAGGGAGAAAGGUCUCACCGGACAGGUUGGGGAGAAUGAGGUCAGCAGUGCUGAGGAACAGAUGGAGGGGGCAGUGGGGAUGGGGCUUGGGCAGACACCAGCAGGAAGAAUUUGAAAUGUGUGAGGUGACUCCCCAGAGGGCCUCUGGGAAAAGAAUGAUGUCUGGAAGGGCGUAAGGGACACAGUAGACGAGGGGAGAGUCCUCAUCUGCUGGCAUUUUGUGGGGUGUUAGUGCCAAACUUGAAUAGGGGCUGGGGUGCUGUCUUCCACUGACACCCAAAUCCAGAAUCCCUGGUCUUGAGUCCCCAGAACUUUGCCUCCUGACUAUCCCUUACUCCUCCUACCUCCAUCCAUGGAAAAUUAGUUCUUUUUGGAUCCUUUCCCCUGCCUGGUCUAGCUCCUCUCCAAACAGCCAUGCCCUCCAAAUGCUAGAGACCUGGGCCCUGAACCCUGUAGACAGAUGCCCCCCAAAUUGGGGCAUGGGAGGGGGGCUGGGGGACCCCAUGAUUCAGCCACGGACUCCAAUGCCCAGCUCCUCUCCCCAAAACAAUCCCGACAAUCCCUUAUCCCUACCCCAACCCUUUGCGGCUCUGUACACAUUUUUAAACCUGGCAAAAGAUGAAGAGAAUAUUGUAAAUAUAAAA